AUGGCUCCUUUAGGUGAAGUUGGGAACUAUUUUGGCGUGCAGGAUGCGGUGCCCUUUGGGAACGUGCCCGUGUUGCCGGCGGACAGCCCGGUGUUGUUAAGCGACCACCUGGGGCAGUCUGAAGCAGGUGGGCUCCCCAGGGGGCCUGCGGUGACGGACCUGGAUCAUUUAAAAGGGAUCCUCCGGCGGAGGCAACUCUACUGCAGGACUGGAUUUCAUUUAGAAAUUUUCCCCAAUGGUACGAUCCAAGGAACCAGGCAAGACCACAGCAGAUUUGGUAUCCUGGAAUUUAUCAGUAUAGCAGUUGGCCUGGUCAGCAUCCGAGGGGUAGACAGUGGACUUUAUCUGGGAAUGAAUGAGAAAGGUGAACUGUAUGGCUCGGAAAAGUUAACCCAGGAGUGUGUGUUCAGAGAACAAUUUGAAGAGAACUGGUAUAACACAUAUUCAUCGAACCUAUAUAAACAUGUGGACACUGGAAGACGAUAUUACGUUGCAUUAAAUAAAGACGGGACUCCAAGAGAAGGGACUAGGACUAAACGGCAUCAAAAGUUCACACAUUUUUUACCUAGACCAGUGGACCCCGAGAAAGUCCCUGAACUAUAUAAGGAUAUUUUAAGCCAAAGUUGACAAAGACGUUUCCUUCACUU